GGCUGCUGGAAGCCGGAGGACUUGAACUCUAAACCUUGAGUCAUUCGAGUUCAGGCACGUGGGAGGGAGGAUUGGCAUCUUGGAUGUGGAAAGAGCUUGAGCUGAGGCGACAAUGUGCUAGUCUACUGGUUGUUAAAGAGACAGCCUCAUCAUGUGUGGAGGACUAAUUGAGAGGUAUGUGGCUGCCAUGGUGCUGAGUGCAACUGGAGAUGCCUUGGGAUACUUCAAUGGGAAGUGGGAGUUCCUCUGCAAUGGGGAGAAGAUUCACCAGCAGCUGGCCCAGCUUGGUGGCUUGGAUGCCAUAGAUGUGGAGGGGUGGAGGGUCAGUGAUGACACGGUGAUGCACCUGGCUACAGCAGAAGCUCUUGUGGAAGCUGGAAAAGUCUCAGAGUUUGAUCGACUGUAUUCCCUUCUUGCUAAGCAUUACCUAGACUGCAUGGAAGACAUGGAUGGCCGGGCACCAGGUGGUACUUCAGUGCAGAAUGCCAUGCAGCUGAAGCCAGACCAAGCCAAUGGCUGGAGGAUUCCCUUUAACCAUCAUGAGGGAGGCUGUGGGGCUGCCAUGCGAGCCAUGUGCAUCGGUCUUAGGUUCCCUCACCUCAGCCAGUUGGACACACUGAUCCAGGUGAGCAUCGAGAGUGGCCGAAUGACCCAUCACCACCCCACUGGCUACCUGGGAGCCCUUGUGUCUGCUCUUUUUACAGCCUAUGCUGUGAAUGGCAAGCCUCCCCAGCAAUGGGGAAAAGGACUGAUGGAGGUGCUACCAGAAGCUAAAAAGUACAUUGUCCAAUCAGGCUACUUUGUGGAGCAGAAUCUUCAACACUGGUCCUAUUUCCAAGACCAAUGGGAAAAGUACCUAAAAUUCAGAGGGAUUUUGGAUGGCAAAUCCACCCCUACCUUCCCCAAGCCUUAUGAUGUGAAGGAGAGGGAUCAGUUCUACACCUCGGUGAGCUACUCUGGCUGGGGCGGCAGCAGUGGACACGAUGCCCCCAUGAUUGCCUACGAUGCCGUCCUGGCUGCGGGAGAUUCCUGGAAGGAACUUGCCCACCGAGCCUUUUUCCAUGGUGGAGACAGUGAUUCCACGGCUGCCAUUGCUGGCUGCUGGUGGGGAGUUAUGUAUGGUUUUACAGGAGUAAGUCCCUCCAACUAUGAAAAACUAGAAUACAGAAAACGGCUGGAAGAAAUAGCUAGGGCUUUACAUUCUCUUGGGUCAAAGGAAGAUACUGUGCUUGCCCUUUAGGGAAAUAAGAUGUUCGUUUCUGGUGGUUUCUUUUCUGUAUUGUUCCUUUGCCGCUCAGUUUCUUUUCAUUUUUUUCCAAAGUCAAGAGUCUUUGUUUUUUUUCAAUUUAUUCAUAAAUUUUUUCUUUAUGAACUAAUGACUUUCACCAAAUCUAUUUAGCAAAACAUGUUACUUGUUUUUUGCAAACAAAAGAUAAUUUUUAUUUUUUAUUUUAUUUUACUUUUUAUCGUUUUUAUUGUUUGAAUACAGUGGUCUCCAUUUCCCACCACCACUUUCCCCCACUCCAUCCACCCCCA